AUAAAGUUUUUCUCUAAUGUAAAGAUGAGCUCUAGUAUGUUGCAGCAGGUGUAAAAUAAAUUUUGACAUCACUGCUGAUGGGAGUGGCCCCAUCUCGUUCUUUGCAUUACAGAUGUGCUGUAAGUUCCCCCUCUGGUAUAAGACGUUUUUCGACUUUGAAGAUCAUUUUAGUAUUUUUAACCUGACGGAACACAGCCUCUUGCUGGUGACUUUGGAUUUUAGUCAAAAUAUGGGCCAAUUACCCGGUGUCUCUUCGGGCAAAGUGAUCAUUCUCGUUAUUUGCUUCGUUAAAAUAUCAUAUGGUAAUUUUUGCACCGAUGAUGUGGAUGAAUGCAGACUGCAGCCCAACGCAUGUCAGAACGGAGGCACGUGCCUUAACACAUGCAACGGCUACAAAUGCAUAUGUGUGAACGGCUGGAGCGGCCCUGACUGCUCCGAAAACAUUGAUGACUGUGCAGCUGAGCCCUGCACUGCCGGCUCCACUUGCAUUGACCGUGUGGCUUCCUUCGUUUGCAGCUGCCCUCCUGGCAAGACUGGUUUGCUGUGUCACGUUGAUGAUGCCUGCAUCAGUAACCCUUGCAAGAUGGGAGCUCAAUGUGAAACGAACCCCAUCGAUGGCAAGUUCAUCUGUACCUGCCCCUCAGGGUACAAGGGCAGGACGUGUGUGGAGGAUAUCGACGAGUGUGUCAUCGGGACAAACCCAUGUGAAAACGGUGGCUUGUGUAUCAACACAGAAGGCUCGUUCACCUGCACUUGUGCUCUGGGUUUUGGAGGAACAAACUGUGAGGGGAACAUUGGUGAUUGUCUCAAUCACCGUUGUCAGAAUGGAGCCACAUGCAUUGAUGGAGUGAACACUUACAUCUGCCAGUGCCCAGCUGAAUGGACUGGUCCGUUUUGCACCGAUGAUGUGGAUGAAUGCAGACUGCAGCCAAACGCAUGUCAGAACGGAGGCACGUGCCAUAACGUACACAACGGCUACAAUUGCGUAUGUGUGAAUGGCUGGAGCGGCCCUGACUGCUCCGAAAACAUUGAUGACUGUGCAGCUGAGCCCUGCACUGCCGGCUCCACUUGCAUUGACCGUGUGGCUUCCUUCGUUUGCAGCUGCCCUCCUGGCAAGACUGGUUUGCUGUGUCACGUUGAUGAUGCCUGCAUCAGUAACCCUUGCAAGAUGGGAGCUCAAUGUGAAACGAACCCCAUCAAUGGCAAGUUCAUCUGUACCUGCCCCUCAGGGUACAAGGGCAAAACGUGUGCAGAGAUCGACAAGUGUGUCAUCGGGCCCAACCCAUGUGAGAAUGGUGGCUCACCUGUAUCUGCGCUCCAGGUUACACCGGUCCACACUGUGAGACAUCAAUAAAUGUGGCUUCGACCCGGCCCGAAUUACAUCAACUUGCUUGGAACAGAUAGGAAAUUACACCUGCUCCUGUAUGCCAGUUUUCCAGUCUUGGUGUAAAGAUGCUGCUGCCACUCCGCCACUUCAUUGACAUUUACCGAGAGAUAUUUGAAGGAUCUAAGGAUCCUCAAAUGCAAACUGUGUGUUUUGCUUCAAGAGAACAACAAUACAUUUGUUGUUUCACUUUCUUUCUGUUGUAUUCACUCAUUCAUUUAUAAUAAUUGUAUUAUUCUGUUUAAUCAUAUAAUAAUUUAUAAUAAUCAUUAUAGCAAUUUAUAUACUAAUUUAAUUGAUUUAUUAAUUGAUUAGUCUUUUAUAUUAUUAUGUUUUAUAUUAUUUUUCCAUUAGUCUUAAGAUGUGUGGCUUCCUCGUGGCUAAUUUUCUAUUACUAUUACUAUUAAUUGUGGUAUAAUAACAUUGGUUGGAUUUGUGCUGGUCAAAAAAAGUCUCAGCACUGAAAAAUACUCGACAAGAUUAUUUAAAGGGGUCAUCGGAUGCUAAGUUCACUUUUACAUGCUGUUUGAACAUUAAUGUGUGUUGGCAGUGUAUGUACAAAUCUCCCCUAUAAUGAUAAAAAUCCAUGUAGUGGUUUUUAAUUAAUCUGUAAAAAAUAAUAUCCCCCUUUUCAAAUCGAGCCAUUCUCAUUGAUCUACAUAUAUCCGUCUAUGUUCAUGUGAAUCAUUCAUGAUCCAGCUUCACUUACAGCAGAAGUGAGUAUAAGGUUUUUUUUUUAUAAAUCUUUGCAAUCGCCUUUCCUAAUAAAGUGCUAGUUAGCAAGUUUAGCGGCUAAAUGCGGCUAAAGUAAAAAGGCUCGUCACUCCACAGAAAGAAGAGAGGGGCGGGGCAAGCAGAGCUCAUUAACAUUUAAAGCAGCCUCCACCAGAAUUAAAUGAUUUUUGCAGAGCUCAUUUUGACAAGGUAAAAAGGGUGUUGUUUUACACUACCAUUGAAAACUUUUAACCAAAGUAUAUUAUAGACUUUUCAUUAAGACCCUAAAAAAUCAUAUCAACUUGUGGAAAAUGGGCAUCCGAUGACCCCUUUAAUAAACUCUGCUCUUUUUUUUAAAUCAUCAUACUGUACCUAUAAGGGGAUAAAAAUGUUUGUUAAAUGCCUGUUUUAGCACCGUUUUAAACUUGGGUUAAAUUCAGUAUUUGCUUGCAUUCAUACUAUGUACUGAUACGAGUAUCAUUUAAUAAAGGAUGUAAGUUAAUAUCUUUUUAAAUUUCACAUUUAAAAACCUGGUGUUUAAUCAUGUCGAAAUAUUCAAAUGAAAGCCUUACAAAUAAGUAAGCAGGUAUGACCUGCAAAUAUUCUAGAUACAUAUGUAGAUACAGGUACCUAGUGGGUAAACCAUGGCAUUGCAGAUGAAAAUGAUGUUGCCUUUCUCAUCACUCUUUGAAAUAAAAUGAUACUGUAAAUGUCAUCCACGUAAUAAUCAAUGCAUAAUAUGCUGUAAUGUUUUUAUAAUACAACAGUAAUAAUAAUUUACUUGCAAUUUG